UGGACGCCCAUGUAGUCUAUUGACUGGAAUUGGACAUCCAUGGUGUCUUUUGACUGGAAUUGGACAGUCGUAUAGUAUCUUGACUGGAACUGGACAUCCAUGUAGUAUUUUGACUGGAAGUGGAUAUCCCAGUUGUCUAUUGACUGGACGUGGAUAUCUCAGUUGUCUAUUGACUGAACGUGGAUAUUCCAGUUGCCUAUUGACUGGAAGUGGAUAUCCCAGUUGUCUAUUGACUGAACGUGGAUAUCCCAGUUGUCUAUUGACUGGAAGUGAACAUCCCAGCUGUCUAUUGACUGGAGUGGACAUCCCAGCUGUCUAUUGACUGGGAUUUGGCAUCCAUAGUGUCUAUUAAGUGGAAGUGGACAUCCAUGUUGUCUAUUGACCUCGCUGCUAUGCAUGUCAUCACGACUUGAGGAGCAGCAGCAGCUACGGCAGAAGGAGGAAGAGAACUGUGAAGAGAAGCGCCAAGCCAUGUCGACCCUGAGCUACACGACCCCUACUCCAGAGGGCUUCGACGACACUGUAACUCUCCCUCGACCAGUCGUGUUCGUCGGUCUGGUCCUUAUCCUCUCCACGACUGUCUUGCUCAUCUUGUACAUCGUUCGCGGAGUGGUGUCUCUGUGUCGCGUCUGCUCUUCAGACACGGGGCAGGACGAUUCGUCACCUCGCGUGUCGGGGUUUGGAUUGGUAAGUGGAAGGAACGGCCACACCUCCUCAUCCCCGUCGCCAGACAGUUCUCAUCUCGGAAGAAGAGGGAAGAAAUUGUCGGUUCAUUUUGAUGAUGAUUCUGGCGAGGAACCCAAACGGGAGUGCGUUAAUUCCAGGCGUCUCUCCCAAGACGGCUUUCUUAGCCUUGACCGUGCUGUAAAUCAAGGAAAAUACAGCAAAAGAAUUUCAUGUGGCUCAGAGCAGAGAUCUAAGGCGAUAGAAAGGAAAAGUUCUCGUCCUUUAGUCUCUAGCCAGGGUACGAGAGCUAACAAUAGCUCCCAACUCGAUCGUCUAGACGAAUAUUCGAACGUGCGGUCCAGUUUUAUGGCGCCACUUCCCACCAUCACAAUAGAGGCGCCCCGAGAGGAUAAUAGUGAAUAUUUUCCAGAUUCUGGCUCGUCCUCCAUCUCCAUAUCACAAGACCAAUCUUUCAAAUCAUGGACUCCAUUAGACGAGGGCAUUUCCUUCGGGGAUUCAGAAGUACUUGCAGAAAACCAGUCACUAUUGGUUCAGCAGAACUCGGACUUUCAAACAGAAAUAAAUGUGGCCAACUGUGAUAACGGAAGGGGCUUGCGCGACCCGGAAGCAAUGAGUGCCGUUACCAUGAACACUGCGGAAAGUAAUGAUAGUUUAACUGGUGCCACAGAGAGAGCUUCGUUAGUACCUCAUUCCAGGCCAUCAUCCCGCUCUCUGGGGCGGCUGUACGGCUGCGAGCUCAGCGCUGGUGGGCAGUCGCAAGCUGCAUCCCAGCAGAGUUUUCGUGAGUGCUUUUGCUACGUGUCAUCUGACCCAGACAUCUUGCACCUUGCUGGAAUAACUGCUGAUCCUAGAUAUCUUGGGGAAGGCGCUGCGAUAGCAGGCGGGGCAUCCAGAUGUCCGAGCGCCCCGCCUGCUUUCCGAGCACCAAAGUACAGCACAGAAAAUGUGGAAACAAGUGAAAUCAUUGAAUCAUUUGAAUCAGAUCCUAAUGUCCUGGAAGCUUGGACCUUUCCCGCGCCUUCAAGGUUGGACGAAAGAUUCCCUGUCCACUCCGUGUCCUCUUUGGUGAGGAAGCAGUCCGCUCAGGUCCCGCUCCCGGGGAACACAUCAACGACUAUAGGCGUCAUAGAUUCCGGACCGGCCACACAGCCUCGGAGGUUCAGUUCUUUUGAGGUAGAAGCUCGUCGGAGGAGCCCGUCUGUGAGAGAACACCGAAGGAGCUUUCAUAGCGGCGACGACGUAGUGCGUCUCUUGCGGCAGUGUUCGGCGUCCGAGACGUCGGUGUGACGGACAUGCGGCAGUGUCCUAUACCCAAGACGUAGAUGCGAUGCUUCUGCGGCAGUGUACAGCGUCGGAGACGUCUACGUGACGCUCUUCUGGUAGUGUCCUACACCCGAGACGUAGAAGCGAUGCUCCUACGGCAGUAUGUGGCGCCCGAAACGCGGGUGUGAUAGACUGCAUCGCACGUUUCUGUCCACUGUCUAUUCAUUUUCAAAUCUCAAGUCCCAUUGUGAACAGCACCGAUGUGACAGGUGACGUCCCUCUUUUGAGCACAAAUUAUCCCCAAAAAGUCAUUUGGGGAAAAGUCUACUGUCUUUUUUAAUGUCAUUAUAUGUAAGAUUAUUGUGUGAGUUUACCUGUGCGUUUAUAUACGUCUGUUCUUCUGUUUAUUUUACUGUUCUUCUGUUUACUUUUGUGUGUGUGAAAAUGUAAAAUUAAUAGAGUCUUAAGCGACGCAUUUACCUGUGGGUUACCUGUUUCCGAGUUUUUUUUAUUAAGAGUUAUUUUACUUUAUAAGCAUAAGGUCCAAACUUUCCUGGAGACAGUGUGAUCAACCAGGCUGUUAAUAUCUUCAUAAUGUCAUAACGGUUAACAUACAAAUCUGUUACUGGAUCAAUUAGAUCAAUAUAAUAUUGGUCAGUAUUUAGUAUCAGUAUAUAAUAUAUAGAUAUAUAAGUAUAUCUAUAUAUAAGUAUAUAUAUAAGUUUAUUUAUAGAUAUAUAAGUAUAUCAGCAUAUAAUAUUAGAUCAGUAUUAUAAGGCUUCAUUAUGCUGAGUUAUGCUGAGUUAUACUGAGUAAUAAAUCAGUGUCCAGUAGCAAUAUUGCAAAAUUUUA